UUUUUUACAGAUUGCUUUUACACCUAUAAAGGCUGUAAAAGCAAUCAUUUCUCCUUCUCUCUGGUUGCAUUCCUGCAGCAAUUGAGAAAUACUGCGCGAACUGUGAUUGGUCACAGCUUGUCACAUGGUACAAGGUUACUGUGAAUAGCCCCUGUACCAUGUGACCUCUGUGAUUAUUCACAGAUUUCACACGUAGUAAGCAAUUGGAACACUGAUUGUUGUACAGGACCUCUGUACGAGGUCCCGAUCAAGUGAUCACUGAUUGGCCAAUCAGUGAUCACAUGCAGAG